AUGGCUGUACCCAACACACGACAGACCCGCCUGCGGCACGGCGCCCCGACGCUCCUGCUGCUCCUGCCGGCUCUCGCCACCGCCCUCAGCUGCCACCACCUGCGUCCCCACCAUGCCACCUUCCCCUGGGACAGCCUCCAGCUCCUCCAGGCCAUGGCUCCCAGCCCAACACAGCCCUGCCACCACCCGCCGGCGCCACUCUUCCCCGCACGCCACCAGCUCCUCACCCUCCUCCAGCACCACAUCCACCACUUGGAACAGUGCCUGCCGGCACACGGCACACUCCUCAAACGGCAAGGGCCCCGCAGCCUGGUGCUCAGCAUCAACAAAUACUUCAGGGACAUCCAGGACUUCCUCCGCACCCACAACCACAGCGCCUGCGCCUGGGACCACGUCCGCCUCCAAGCUCACGUCUGCUUCCAGCACAUGGACACACUCAUGCGGCAGAUGAAGAGACAAGACACUCCUGCCCUCCACCAAAACCUCACAAGCCAAAUGCCCAUUUCCAGGCAACGCCGGCAGCCACAGGUCGAGCAUAGGUCGUAG